AUGAGACUGCUCACCAAUAUCGUUCUCCUUGGCUUUGGCCUUGUCGGAUCGGCUCUUGCCAAGAGCAUUUGUUGUAUGCCGGGCUGCAAUGUUUGCCUGCCACAGCAAUGCCUUUGGGGAGGUUACUGCGCCAUCGGCACGAACUUCAACACCUGCUGUGCUGACGAGAAGAAGGCCAUGAUCUUCAAGAACGAGGAGGACUACCUUGCGGCGGUCGCGGCUGGUCAAAUCGACGGAUAA